UUUCCUCCCUCCCCUCGUCUCCCAGUUUCGCUCGAUUGUCGUGGCGUGCGGACGGCUGCUUGUCGCGUCGUCAAAAAUUACGGAUUGCUUUGAUUCUUUGUCCAGGAAGAAGCCAGAGCCAAAGAUAAACAGUCUCCCAUAUUAUUUCCGCUACAAAACUUGUCGCUCCAGGUGAAUUUACUGGUGAAAUCUCGAGGUGUAUCCCGUUCCGUGUGGUGUGCGUUCAGUGAUUCCCGCAUAGUCGAUCGAGCAUGAAUAAUAAAGAAGUAACCGGUGAUAUUGUCGUGCGUUUUCUGAGAGGCGAAGUCUGGUGAUAGGGCGAAGUGCCGACGUCGCAGGGUCAGGCGUGUGAUGGUGGAGAGUCAGCGGUGACGGCUGGCCGCGGAGCGGUUGGAUGGCGGCUGUAAGCGGCCCCGCGCGGCACUCUCGCGUCUCGAUGAGUGUGUCGAUGUCGCUGAUGCAGGGCGGUACGCAGAGCGCGCCGCAGGGCGCCAUCCUGGCGGCGGCGGCGCCCUACUACCAGACGCCGGCCAUACCCACAGACGUCCAGCCUGAUCGCCCCAUCGGUUACGGCGCCUUCGGGGUUGUAUGGGCAGUAACAGACCCACGCGAUGGCCGGCGUGUCGCCCUAAAGAAGCUGCCCAACGUUUUCCAGUCGCUCGUGUCAUCCAAGCGCGUCUUCCGCGAGCUCAAAAUGCUCUGCUUCUUCAAACAUGAAAACGUACUAUCGGCGUUAGACAUCCUCCAGCCGCCAAGCCUCGACUUUUUCCAGGAAAUGUAUCCUUUUUCAUUAAUGAUAAAAUGUAGUUAACAUGUGCUGGGUAAGU